AUGUCAUGCCUGUUUCUUCUUGGACAAACGAGACCCAAUUCGCCUCAAGAAUCAUUCCAAGCAUCCCAAUCAUCUCUUUCCAAUCAACCCCAACACUUUUCUCUUUAUAAAGCUCAUCCACUACACUCAGCUGAGUCAUUGAAAGAUUUGGAUCACGAAUUGCGUGAGACGGUUCACCGAAUACGACUUCGACGAUACCUUUCCGCGUUGGUGAAUGAAGAAAGAGAGAAAAGGGCUGAGCAAAACGAUUGGGAACGAAUGGCGCCAAUUUGGGGUCGA